AGCUAUGGGGCAAGAUGGAGGCGCUGAUUUUGGAACCCUUCCUGUAUACUGUCAAAGCCAUCCUGAUUCUGGACAAUGAUGGAGAUCGACUUUUUGCCAAGUACUAUGAUGACACCUACCCCAGCAUCAAGGAGCAAAAGGCAUUCGAGAAGAACAUUUUCAACAAGACCCAUCGGACUGACAGCGAAAUUGCCCUUUUGGAAGGCCUGACAGUGGUAUACAAAAGCAGUGUUGAUCUCUAUUUCUAUGUAAUCGGCAGCUCCUAUGAAAAUGAGCUGAUGCUUAUGGCUGUUCUGAACUGCCUCUUCGACUCACUGAGCCAGAUGCUGAGGAAAAAUGUAGAAAAGCGAGCUCUGCUGGAGAACAUGGAGGGGCUCUUCUUGGCUGUGGAUGAAAUCAUAGAUGGAGGAGUGAUCCUAGAGAGUGAUCCCCAGCAAGUGGUACACCGGGUGGCACUAAGGGGUGAAGAUGUGCCCCUCACGGAGCUGACAGUGUCCCAGGUGUUGCAGUCAGCCAAAGAACAGAUCAAGUGGUCACUUCUUCGGUGAAGACCUCAAUGUUCCUGGCUCCUCAGCACCUUAAAAAAAUCCACAUCUGCUGUGAAUUCUCAUCCAGUCCCCCAACUGAUACUCUCAGGGCCAUCUUGGGGAUCACAAGGAUCCUUAAAUCCUAUCUAUUUACGAACACACCCAAGCCCCCUGAACACGUCCUAUUCCUUCUUACCGUUUGCGGUUCUGGGAGUAAAGCUCCCAGCAGAUUUGGAUACAGGGCUGGGGAAGUAUCCUGUUCGUGUCUAGACUGGAUUAUGCUCCCAUGCUCUCCUACCCCCUUAUUUGCUCCUCGACUUCUGGGCCCUUUGCUGUAGCUGUACUGCAGAUCAAAGCAGGAGAAAGAAUGUGCUGAGUGUUUCCUUCCUGUUGCCUCUGCCCAGCCUUAUCCCAACAGCCCAUAUGUCCAGCA